AUGGUGGCUGAUGUUGACGUUGGCGGUCCGCUUGGCCAUGGCUCGCUCGGCGCUCUGGAGCCGUGGCCUCUGCUGACCAACGUCCGCGACGCUCGCAGCCUCGAUUUCCAGAUGGAGCCCCCGUCACCACCGCUCCCGCAGCUCUGCCAUGACACCAUGUGCACGAUACACCGACACAACCAGGCCGCCACAUUAGCCAACGGCGGGCUGUCCAGUUUCUCAUCGGCACCAGGUGGUGGUCGAGCGUCCUCGCAACCGUCGCCUCUGCCGUCGCCGCCCUCAUCUCAGAUCUCACUGGACGAGGACCCCCCUCAUCGCCCCCGGCGCACUUUGACUUCCUCCCUCCGGCGUCGCAGCAGGCGCCGCGCGCUAGACCGCUGUCGAAACGAUGCCGAGCCCGCAGCGACGUCGACGGCCCCCACACGGCCGAGCUCAGCUGCAAGAAGCGGCGACUGCGGACGCAGCUUUAUCACGAGCCGGCUGUCGCAGCCCUUUUCGCAGCCGGCGACGCACAUCAUCAACCGCGACGCCGUCGCUGCGGGCGACAAGCGUUUCAUCAAGCUCGCCGCCUCGGCCGACGCCAACAAGCGCUGUCCCAGCACGCAAAGCUCCAUCGUGCGGCCGCGCCGCCGUCAUGAACCGGGUCCGUCUGCGCCUGCGCGGCGAGGUCGUGUCGGAGCGGAGCAACGUCUUCAUGGCCGUCACGGCGAUGACGACGACGGCGGCGGCGCAGGCGGCCUGGAUGCAGCGCGAGCAGCAGGCCGGCACGGGUGGGCGGUUCCUCGCCGUUUCGGUGCCUGGAGCGGCGCAGCCGGGCGCGAGGCCACCUGCCAACAGGAUCAUCAUGAUCAGGGCGGGCGGUGGCGGGGGCCACGAUGCGUCGUCGGCGCACGGGCAGAUGCGGACGCCGAUUCCGUCGGCGUUGCGCGCGGUCGACACGCUCGUCGGACGAGGCACCGUGGUGCCGGCGGCGAGACAAUGUCGCUCGCCUGUGCUGGGCCCACGGACGCCAGUGCCGAGGAGGUGGGCGAGGACGAGGAGAUGGCGUUCCCCGAAGACAUGGGGCGGUACGGCUCGGCCGAUGACGACGACGACGAGGAUACCGGCGAUGUAUAUUCUGACUUUGGGGCCAUCUUUGGCGGGCCGAGAGAGGGGGACUUCUCGGACGACGACGAGCACUCGUACGAGGAGUGCCUGGACGAGCUGGACGGCAUAUCGUGGGUUGGGCGAUGA